AUGCCUGAGUCAUCGGCUGCAGUCAGACAUCGAUCCAAGAAUUUCUACGGGAGAACACCACCCACCCUACCAACUUCUAAGACCGAGCUCGAUAUCUUGAUCGAGAGACACCAGUUUAUCCGUGAUUGCGAUGAACAGAACUUGAGCUGGGAGGACGCACUGGCAAAGAAGACCUACGACCAGCUGUUCAAGGAGCUUGCGGUUUGCGACCUGUCUCGAUGGAAAGAGGGAAAAGUGGCAAUGCGAUGGAGAACGGCCAGCGAAGUAGUCGAUGGCAAGGGGCACUUCACCUGUGCCAACCUACGAUGUGUCCACCACGAACUGGGUCCGAAAACCCCACCCCGGACUCUCUCGAGGAAACCGCACCCCUUGGGAGCCUUUGCGGACUUCGAAGCCCAACGCUCGUUCAUCCCCUUAGAAGAGUUCGGAAGGGACUCGGGACGGCCCGAGCCAUCGAGCUCUAAAGUGUUGCUGCAGGAGCUCCAGACCUCAUUCGGAUACCUCGAACACGGCGUCCGGAAGUUGGCCGAGGUGAAGCUGAACCUCUGCAAACGCUGUGCUAAAAAGAUGAACUCCUGUUCGCUCUCUAAGCGCCGUGCCGAAGACCGUGGCCGCAAAUCGACCGUCCAAGCUUCUCGCAAGAGAGACCUGCCCGAUAGCUUACAUUCCUCUGCUGAGCGAGAGCCAUGCCCUGAAAGACCGACCAAGAUCCGCUGCACUAGCGCUAGAUAG